CUCUUCUAUGGGGUCUCUGAAAAUAGAAGUCCCUGUCUAUUUGUUAGGUUGCACUUUAACGAGACACAUAUCACACAACAGCAAGUGGAAAAACCCACAGAGAUAAUUUUAUAUGCAAUAUUUUAAAUCAUUAGUCUUUUCCUAAGAGAACUUCCAGGCCUGUGUUGUAAUCCUUUGCUAUUUUUCUUGUGGAGAUUCCACUCACAACCCUUUCUUGAAAAUACGCUGUUUUGGAAAUCCAAACCAAAUCAGCAAUGAAACUGAGUGUUGGGAUAUUUUUUGGAGGCUUAUUUGGGGCUCUUGGAAUUUUGCUCUUUUUGGUUGCCUUUGGAACAGACUAUUGGCUUCUUGCUACAGAAGUUGGAAGGUGUUCAGAAAGUCUGAAUGACACAGCGGAAGAGAGAAUUACUUUCCAUCAUGAAGGUUUCUUCUGGAGGUGCUGGUUUGAUGGGAAGGUAGAUGAGAAUACUAACAGUAUGUGGAAAUUUUGGUAUACAAACCAAUCACCUUCGAAAAACUGCACCCAUGCCUAUCUCUCUCCAUUUCCUCUACUACGAGAUGAGAACAACUCAACUGCCUAUAAUUCUGCAAUUAUCUAUCGUGGUUUCUGGUCAGUCCUUCUGCUUCUGGGAGUAGUCACUGUGAUCGUCGCUAGCUUCUUCAUCAUUUGUGCUGCCCCAUUUGGAAGCCAUGUGCUGUACAAAACAGGGGGAGGCUUUUUCAUCGCUGCUGGUAUUUUGUUCACACUGGUGGUGGUGCUGUACGUCAUCUGGGUCCAGGCAAUGGCGAAUCUUGAAAACUAUGUAAUUAUGAAGAAAAUAGACUGUCCAGAUUUUUCUCUCUAUGCACGCUACGGUUGGUCUUUUAUGUUGGCUCCAGUUGGAAUAUUUUUUACUGUGUUUUCAGGAAUGCUUUUCCUACUGGUAGGACGUACAAUUUACCUCCACUCUGAUUAGUUGAGUUUUUGAAAUAUUGGAAUCAUAGGGAAGGUUUGCUGAGAAGCUAUUUUUAUACAUUAUUAUUACUAUUAUUUCUUCUAUGGUCCAGUCUAUUGAUAGUGCCAUUUUAAGUCUACUUAGGCAAGUAGCAUAGUCCUGCACAUGUCUACUCAGAUGUGAGUCCUUACUGAAUUAAAUGGCACUUGGUUCCAAGUAAGUAUGUCUAGCUCUGAGUAAGCUUGACCAUGUGUCUUCUCUUAUUAGGUCACUAAUGUAUAAAUGGUCAUGACAGAAGUACUUAUGCUGGAACUAACAAAUGUUCCACAGAGCAUUUCAGUUUCCUAUUAUCUCUUGUUUCAAUACUUUUCAUUAGGUUUAAUCUGAGCAAAUGUUCUGGCUCUUAAAAUAGCAUCCAAUUGUCUGUGGAAUGUUUUAGCUAACAUGGAAGUACAAAAGAUGAGGUCAGUGGAAUAGUGCUUUGAUGCUGCUAUGUAUAGCCUGAAUCAGGGGUGACCUUCCAGAUGUUGUGCAAAUACCAGCAAACGUAGACAGUAUCAUCAGCCACCUGUAGCCAGUGAUUCUGCGCCCAUAGAUUCAACCAUCCAUGGCUUGAAAAUAUUUUUAAAAAUCUGAAAGGCAAACCUUAAUUUUGCCAUUUUAUACAAAUGACUUUUUUUUUUUUUACUAUGUGUAUAUAAUGAAACUUGAGCACCCACAGAUUUUGGUAUCCAUGGAAGGUCCUGGAACCAAACCCUAGUAGAUACUAAGUGCCCACUGUAUAGCCAAUAGUUGGGAGUUGCAAUUUAACAAUAAUUAAAGUGCUAUAUGAUUCUCACAUCUGGCCUUCGCCAAUUUAGAGCAAUUUCACUGAAUCAGUGGAGUUUAGGUCAACACUUUAGGUAAGCUAUAUUUAUUCAAUAUGUCUACUCUAUUAAGAACUGCCAGACAGAUACUGGGGUAUGAGUUCUCCAGCAGCUCCUGACAUGCCUCACCAUUAGCUGUGCUAGCUAGGGUAAAUGAUAACUUCAGUCCAACAAUAUCUGGAAAGCCACAUAAUUUCUUAUCCAAUGCUUCCAUGUUGUUCAAAUGAUUAAAAAAAAAACAGCGCAGGAGAACAGAAGGGUUUAUGGAUUAAGUCCUCUGCAAAAGCAUAUUUCAUUAGGCUUUUGUUCUAAAGCUUGAUUUUCUGUUUUUGGUGUGUUUGAUUGUAGAAGAUGUAUUAUGUAUUUUGCCUUCGUUGUUUUUCUCCCCCUUGCAGUUAUGGCCUGACUCAUUUGGCCAAGUCAUUUGGCUUAUAGUUCAUCAGACACCUUCCUGACUCUUUUUGCACCAUACCCAAAGAAGAAAAAGAAAUAUGUGAUAGAAAGAUGUGAAGUUUUACACAUUAAUUUACACAGUAAGCAGAGCCCUACCAAUAGCUGCUUAAAAUCAGAAGCAAUAAUAAUAAUGAUAUUGGUCUUUUCACUUUAACAGGAUACCACUGAUAAUUAUAUCCUAUUAUUUUUAUAAAUAUUAUUUAUAUCCUACCUUUUGCCCAGAACUGGAUUACUCAAAUAAGCUGACCAGGAGUGUUGCAACAUCAUUUCUGGUUGUCAAAAUGGCAGCUUCAAAAUGUCAAAAUUAGCUGGUGCAAUUCUCUGAGCUCCAGAAUAUGCCCACGCUUGUUCAUCUCGUUCUCUUUUCAGAUCAACGAGGCUGAUGGGGAAAUAAACUCUUCCUUGCAGUUGGAGCUCAGUAUCUGUUAACAGAUUUCAGUGUUGAAGAUAACUCUGGGAUUACUUCCCCACUUUUAUGGUGGGGAAGUAAUCUGAACUAUCUGAGCACUGCCUGCUAGCUAGCCAUUCUUUCAAUUCCCAACAACUUUUGGAGCGUUGGGAGCAUUGUCAAAAAAUUAAUGGCUGCUUAGGCGCAUCUGUCCAUUGUUGUUUGGGUGCUGCCAGCCCAGCCAGAUAAUCCUAACAGAAUCCACUGACAGAGGCAGGAACCCACCCUGGGAUCAGUUCUGUUUCCAUGUCCAGCUGACCGUCAAGAUCUCUUCAGAUUCUUAUAAUCCUGCUUACCUACUGAAGUGAUUCAGAGAAGAACUUUCCACAUGUUUACAAGGAAAUAUAUUCUACAGUCUAUUUCCUACAUCAAGGAAGUGCAACCUGUGGUCUUCUAGGUGAAAUUUGGAUCAUAACUCACAUCAAUUCUAGUCAGCAUAUUCAACAGUCAGAGAUGCUGUGAACUUCAGUCCAACAACAUCUGGGGCUCUUUCAUACUCCACUAUUAUAGCACUGUAUUCCACCUUACUACCAUGCCAACAUUGUAUGAAAUCCUGGUAUUUUUUAGUUUAGUAAGGCAUUAAAACUCUCUGAGAGUUCUAAUGAUUCCCCCCCCCCCCCCAAUUACCAAUUCCACUGUCUGUAGCAUAGAGCUGCAGUUAAAAUGAAAUCAUGGUGUUUUAACUGUGGCAUGUAGCAGGACUCGUGGAGGGAUACAUUGUUAAGAGCAUGGAAACAUGUCAUAAUAGUUAACCUACAUCUAACUGACUGCAGGGCUGGUUGUCCUGCAUGUCAUCUGGGUCCAGGCUAUGGUUGAUCUUUAAAAGGAUGUAAUUAGAAAGAAAAAAAGCCAUCCAGAUUUCUCUCUGUAUGCAUUACUGAAUAAUACAGAGCUCAGAUCAGGAGUGGCUAUUUAUUUCACGAUCGAUGAGCCAGAAGAAAGUGAUUAACAACUAAAUCUAUGCCAAAGCUACAUCCUGAAAAUAUGGACAGAUUGCAUAGAUAAAAUUCUUAUUCCAGCAUUUGCCAGGAAUAUAUUAUAAUUGAAUUUCUUAAAUAUAUCUAGAUGUGUGUGUGUGUUUGACAUAUGUUUUCUAUGAAAAAUUGCUGUAUGUUCUCUUUUUUAAAAUAAAAGGUUAAUUAAGAAAAUA